ACGCAUCGCGGCGCGUAGGAUGACGAAACGAUCGGUACAUUCUCCGGGAUCAGGAUUCUUGUCGAAUUUUCGACACUCGUUCGUUUCGCUCUACGUUUUCCGUCUCGUUACCGCGAUCGUCUACGCGUCCCGCCUUUUCUAUCCGUCUCCAGAGCUCGAAAAUGGCGAAUGAAAGCCGCGAGACCUGUCUAGUGGCCACGAAAGUGAUGGACCAUCAGAUCUUUAAAAUACACAAUCCAGACGACUUCAACCGGAUUACCAGGGGGAUCAAGGUUGCGCAAUGCAUGCAAUCGCGAUCGUCUUGCGUUUCUGAUAGCGAGACAGUGUUGAGCCAGUUGGAGGACUUAGUUGUAUCUGACUCUUUGAGUUGUUCCUUCUGUAACACUGUGUUUGAAGACAAGAUGCAACAGAGACACCAUUACAAGCUAGAUUGGCACUGUUACAAUCUCAAGCAACAUCUGAACGGUUUCAAAUCAAUUAACGAGGAUACUUUUAACUUGCUGGUCGACGAAGGCGCCGUGUCUAGUUUGUCCGGUAGCGAGACAGAGUCCGAAAAUGAGGACGAAGCUGGUACUUCGGAGACUGGCAGCUCGUUCAAUGAUCAGACCAAGAGCGAGUCUGCGAGUAAAAAUGAUUCCGUGCCUAUCAGCGACAAGACCGGCAAGAGGGAGAAACGCAGCAGAGGUAUCGAGUCCAUCUCGGACAGUUCUGAUACCGAGUGUAAUGAGGAGAAGAAACUGCAAGCUCUAUUGGCCAUUGCUAGUCGUCACUCGAAGGUAUUCUUCGAGAACGAAGACGGCAACAUAUUCAGCAUCUACCGGUGUUUGCUGCAUCACAAGAAGGACAUUCCCGAAGUAGACAAUGAGAUGAUCGCUCAGGCAUUGAACAGCGGCAAAGAGACCACGUGGACGAUCAUCAUGGUCGGCGGUGGACACUUCGCUGCGGCUGUAUUUCAAAACGGCGAGCCUAUCGUGCACAAAACAUACCAUUCUUACACCGUACGAGCGAAACAAGGUUUCGCUCAGAGUUCUCGUACGACGGGCAAUCAUCAAAAGAGCGCAGGUGCUAGUCUGCGGAGAUAUAACGAAGCGUCUCUUAUUCAGCAUGUGCAAGAGAUACUGGAGUCGUGGUCGACGCACAUCAGCAAUUCGUCGUUGAUUUUGUAUCGAGCGGUCGGGCCGUUCAAUCGCACGGUGCUCUUCGGCGGCAAGAAUCCCUCGUUAGACAAGAACGACUCCAGACUGAGACCGCUGCCGUUUCCCACACGUAGAGCCACGUUUAAAGAAGUUAAGAGAGUGUAUGAUAUACUAAGCACCAUGGAGAUUUAUGGUUCCGCGGCUAACUUUACAGAUUGUUUUCCUAACUCGCCGCGGCAACCUAUACGCAAGAAGGUUCCCAAGCCGGAACUGAUGGACGAGAUACCUGAAGGAGGCAUCGGCGCGGAAUGUCAUUCUAAUGUGACACAGGAUAGUACCAGUAGCUCUCAAGAAAGCGAUAAAAUUAAAGCAGCAGCCCCGCCGCAGUCCUCACCGGAGAGACAACACAGGAAUUCACGUUCACAUAUAGACAGAGCGAAACCGAGGAAGAGUCCGAUUCGUCCGCUGCCAGAAAUUGUCGCUAGAUUAGCUCAAUCCUCUUCAGAAUCGGAAGUAGAUGAGAAUAUGCCGCUGAGUUCCAUAAUUGAACAAGACUUGGAGAUAGAAUUUAACGAACAUUUAUUAGCCUUUCAAGAUACUGUACCGAGGUACAUGAAAAAUAAGAAAGCUCGUCGACAGAAGAAGAAGGUGAAGAAGGAUGGCCAAACAAUCAAUGAAGUAUUGUCGGAUGCUAAAAUAAAAUUGUGGACUGCCUGUAAGCUAGGAGAUAACGAUCUAUUGACAUCAGCUAUCGACGAUCUACUGGGCGAAGUUAAAAAGUGCGAGGAAUUGAUGGAGCAAAAUAAGGAUGACGUUAACAUCGAAUGCAGCAAUCUUCUGGUCAACAUGGACGACGUCGCGAAAUUGGUGAACGAUGCUAACGAAGAUGGUAAUACAAUGUUGCAUUUGGCAGCGUUCGGUGGACACUUGAAAUUAAUAUGGUUGCUGCUGGAAAUCGGAUCUGAUCCCUGCAAUAAAAAUAAGAAGCUGCAGACACCUUAUGCCGCCGCGAGCGAUAAGGAGGCUAGAAAUACGUUUAGAAGGUUCAUGGGAGCUAACCCGGACAAGUUCAAUUACCAAAAGUCUCAAAUACCCGGGCCGCUCAGUGAUGAGAUAGAACAAGAACAGAUGGAGAAAAAGAGGCAGCAACGAAAGAUCAAGCGUUUAAAGGAAAAGGUCAAGAGGAAGGAAUUUGAGCUGAAGAAACAGGAGGAAGACGAAAAGCAGAGAUUCCUUAAUCUUAGCGACCGGGAAAAGAGAGCACUAGCUGCGGAGAAACGUAUGUUGAACCAAGGUUAUACCGUAAUGUCGCGGUGUUUUCAGUGCGCUGUUGACAUGACUGGUCAGGUGCCUUUCGAAUACAAUGCCAAUCGCUUUUGCUCCAUGCCGUGUCUCAAGGAACAUCGUCUUCACAAUAAAUUUGUUAUCUGAUGGUAUGCCGUUUAUAAUUAGGAAAAUUUUCACAUCAUUCUCGAUCACGAUUGACUUAAAAUCGCAAAAUUAAUCCCUGAACUUCGUCCACGGAAAAAAUUUUGAGAAGUAAUCUUUUCAAAUAGUAUAUGAAGGUUUUGAAUUAUUUCUGAAUAUUGAAUGAAGUAUACCCAGCCAUGGUGAAAGAUUAAGGACGAACGUACGAUUUCAGUACAAUGAUUUAUAUAAUUGAUAUAAAUGUAUCAAUUAGGAAUGUAAAUGUUGAACGUACGUUGUAAUAUUUAUUAUCUGAAUUAUAUUUUAUUGUGCGCAUCUA